AACACAUUACUAUUUAGUUGUUUGUAUUUGGACAUUGCAAAAAAUGACACCAGAUCUACGUCACCCACUAAGCUAAACAACCCAGCCGCGUAAGCCUAACUGCCCUUGACGCCUGACCCUUUCAAAAUCCCCUUCUUUACCCGUACUUGCUUAUAUAUAUACACAGACACACCUACAUAUGUAUAAGAUAUAUUCUCUUUUGCUAUCUUGCUCACGUUACUGGUGUCUAGUUCUCUGCUAUUUCUUUUAAAAUUUUCAGGAUGCAACAAGCAAUUCCAUACAAAUCCUGGCCUCUGCCAUGCAUCGACGCAACUUCCCAUCGUGCCCGUUCAACAACAACACUUGGCCACAACGGACGCGGGAAAGACGUGCUUAAUAUAGUGUCGGAGAACGCUGUGAUAGUGUUGGCCAGGAAGGGUUGUUGUAUGAGCCAUGUAGUGAGGCGUUUGCUGCUGACACUGGGCGUAAACCCUGCGGUUCAUGAGAUUGAUGAGGAGGAUGAGGCUGGUGUUUUGAAUGAAUUGGGGACGAUUUGCAAAGGUACCGAAAACAAUAAAAUGGUUCAGCUUCCGGCUGUGUUUAUUGGUGGGAGGUUGUUUGGGGGAUUGGAUAAAGUCAUGGCUACGCAUAUUAGCGGCGACUUGAUUCCGGUGCUGAAAGAUGCCGGUGCCUUGUGGCUUUGACUUUGACUUUGAUUCAUCCUGUAUUUUUUUCCCUCCUCUAAUAGGUUUUGGUUUUAGAAUUAACCCAAUUGGGAAUGUAACAUUGUUACAUGAAUAUAGAAAUCAAAAUGGGAUUUCUUGAUUUUAUUACAAUGAUUCUCAAUUAAGGAAAUGGAAGACCUCUUUUUUAUCGAUCA